CCGGGAGCGGGAGGAUGGAGGAGGAGGAGGAGGCGGCGGCGGCGGCGAGGGGAAGAGGAAGCCGAGGAGGAAAAAGGUGGAGAGGCGCGCGGGGCGCUGUGCCAGGGAGUCGCAUCCAGGACCGUGAGGUGGGCAUUUCAGGUCGUUCUGAGUCACCCGGGAAGGGUGGGAGAGCUAGACACUGCCGGGAAGAUGGAUUCGGAGGCAGAAGGAGAGCGUCCUCCUCUCCAACACUGGAAAGCGCACUUGACCUUCGGACUGGGGAGGGCCGCGCCGAGCGCUCCGACGUCCCUAGGAACCAACCAAGUGUCCGCCGCUCCCCGCCCCCCCCGCCCGACCCGGGUUCAAGUACCAGGACCUGCGACCAGCACCGAGCGAGCGGCGUGGGGCGCACUCAGGAGUCCUUUAACACCUCCAAAGGGGACCUCCCGCUCCAGCCGCCGUUCUCCAGCGUCCCUCCCACCGCUCCAGGAUCUCCACCCCCCCCUCCCACACACCCACCACGUUGUCCUUUGGCAGACACAAAGUACAGACUGGGGAACUUUCCAAACCACCCGAAAUUUCUACUGCUUGGAGUUGGGGGGGACAUCAAACCCGCCACCUCCUCGGAUCCCCGCUCCGGUUCUCCGGACUCCACACCACUCUCAGCACCUUUCGGUUCUCCUGGGGGAGGGGAGGGGAGGGACGUGGCACUAAGGUGUGGUGUGAGCAAUCGCAGUCACCUGUCGGUGAUUGGGGGUGUUUACCGUCCCGUGAUUUCACCCCACCCCCACCCCACCCCCAUCACCUCCUCCUGGCUCCUGUUACCAGCCCGGGGCAGCCCCGGGGCAGUGUCCCCGCAGCCAAUCCGUCUCGCCUGGCCGAGGGGCUGGGGCACUAAGCUCCUGCUGUCUUCCACUCUGAAUUUCGGAGCGGAGGAUUGUCUCUGGUCUGUACCUAACUCCGGGCUGCAAGCAAAGACGAUUAUAUUUUUAACCGCGUGCAGAACACUGCCUCUUAGGAAAGCCUGGACCUUUCUGAUACUUUCUCCAAAGUUUCGAACUGAUAAGGAGAAUGCCUAG